CCACACAGAAGGAAGGGACUCACGGGCUACUCUGCUGAGUUCUCUCCAGCCUCUUGUGAAUUGCUGGCUGUGCCUCCCCCUCUCCUGGCUGCUCCAGAGUCUCUCCCAAAUGAACAUAUAGGGGCAGCUUCAGAAAUCCAAGCAGAGGCUUCGGCAUCUGCUUCCCUAUCACCCCGGGUCAUCAAUUUUCAAACUCCAAGCAGGGCUGUCACCAGGCACCAAGGAGGAGCCUGCUGGCUUCCCCCUGCUUGUUACGUAAAAGACCCAGCAGUCUCUUCAUCCACUUGGGAGCCGGGGACUUCUCCGUUGGAUGUGGAUGGUGCAUCAGCUCUGGGUCUGGGUCUGGGUCUGUUCCCCGUGAUCUCAUUUACCUACUGUCACUCCCCCUACCCCCAAGCUCACCCCCCCCCCGCCCCCACUAUCACCACGGGAUUUUCUCUGCCAUUGCCUGUUAUGUCCCUUGACUUAAUGAAAUGGGAACUUUGGGCCAUCUCAAGAGCUUGGAAGAAUCAGGAGUGAAUGCCUAGUCUGCCAUCCGGAAGGUAUCAGGAAGGGGCCAUGACCAUGUAGACACCGGCCCUGGGGAGUAGCAGCAUGGACAGCGCUGAAUGGGGACGCCUGGGUCUGCAGUCGUGAGGCCCACCACCACCGACCUUGGAGCUGGGAUCCCUGUGUGUCGAGGUGUUCCUCUCCGAGCUUGCCACAGCCACCGCCACACUGGCCCGUCUCCAUUUUCUCCCUUGGAAUUGGAGCCGACUGCUCAGAGUUGCUAAAGUUGCUUCCUUCCCGAAAGCCGUAUAGACCUAUAGCUCUAAUUGGGAACCUGCUUCUUUUCCCCUCUCACCUAAAACAGAUAAGUAAAAAAUAAUAAUAACCCUUGGAUCUGCCCAAAGUGGAGCAGGAACCUCAGCAAAAAUGGGAGACAUGACCAACAGCGAUUUUUAUUCCAAGAACCAAAGAAAUGAGGCCAACCAUGCAGGCGAUUUUGGGUGUACAAUGGAGGAGCUCCGCUCCCUCAUGGAACUUCGGGGGACAGAGGCUGUGGUCAAAAUCAAGGAGACCUAUGGGGACACUGAAGGAAUCUGUCGGCGUUUGAAGACCUCGCCUGUGGAAGGAUUGCCGGGCACUGCUCCAGACCUAGAAAAAAGAAAGCAGAUUUUUGGGCAAAACUUUAUACCUCCAAAGAAGCCAAAAACGUUCUUACAGCUAGUCUGGGAAGCACUACAGGACGUGACUCUUAUUAUUCUGGAAAUUGCAGCCAUCAUCUCUCUGGGACUUUCAUUUUAUCAUCCUCCUGGAGAGGGGAAUGAAGGGUGUGCGGCAGCCCAGGCUGGGGCCGAAGAUGAAGGAGAGGCAGAAGCUGGCUGGAUUGAAGGGGCCGCCAUACUUCUAUCGGUUAUCUGUGUAGUUCUUGUCACUGCCUUUAAUGACUGGAGCAAAGAGAAGCAGUUCCGGGGUCUGCAGAGCCGAAUUGAACAGGAACAGAAGUUUACUGUGGUCCGGGGAGCCCAGGUGAUCCAGAUUCCAGUGGCAGAGAUCGUGGUUGGUGACAUUGCCCAGGUAAAAUACGGUGACCUACUUCCUGCUGAUGGGAUCUUCAUCCAAGGCAAUGACUUGAAGAUAGAUGAAAGCUCUUUAACUGGAGAGUCUGACCAGGUCCGCAAAUCAGUGGACAAGGACCCUAUGCUGCUUUCAGGGACCCAUGUGAUGGAGGGCUCUGGCAGGAUGCUGGUCACCGCUGUGGGAGUGAACUCUCAGACUGGCAUCAUCUUUACGUUGCUUGGGGCUGGUGGUGAAGAGGAAGAAAAGAAAGACAAGAAAGCUACAGAUGGUGCAGCAGGUGCAAAUACCACCGAUAAUGCAAAUUCCAGCUUAGUCAAUGGUAAAAUGCAGGAUGGCAAUAUGGACACCAGCCAGAGCAAAGCCAAGCAGCAGGAUGGGGCAGCGGCAAUGGAGAUGCAGCCUCUGAAGAGUGCCGAAGGGGGAGAUGGAGAUGACAAGAAGAAGGCCAACAUGCACAAGAAAGAGAAAUCAGUCCUGCAGGGGAAACUCACUAAGCUGGCGGUACAGAUUGGCAAAGCAGGUCUUGUGAUGUCUGCCAUUACGGUGAUCAUCUUGGUGCUCUACUUCACCGUGGACACCUUUGUGGUGAACAAGAAGCCUUGGCUGCCUGAGUGUACUCCAGUCUAUGUGCAAUACUUUGUCAAGUUCUUCAUUAUCGGGGUGACUGUGCUGGUGGUUGCUGUGCCCGAAGGGCUCCCCCUUGCUGUCACCAUCUCUUUGGCUUACUCUGUGAAGAAAAUGAUGAAAGACAACAACCUUGUACGCCAUUUGGAUGCCUGUGAGACAAUGGGCAAUGCCACGGCUAUCUGCUCUGACAAGACGGGGACAUUGACCACCAACAGGAUGACCGUUGUGCAGGCAUACAUUGGGGAUGUCCACUACAAGGAGAUUCCAGAACCCAGUGCCAUCAACUCCCAAACCAUGGAGCUGCUGGUGAAUGCCAUUGCCAUCAACAGUGCUUAUACCACCAAGAUUCUGCCACCAGAGAAGGAUGGUGCCCUGCCCCGCCAGGUGGGCAACAAGACUGAGUGUGGCUUGUUGGGGUUUGUUCUGGACCUGAAGCAAGAUUAUGAACCUGUGAGGAGCCAGAUGCCUGAGGAGAAACUGUACAAGGUGUAUACCUUUAAUUCCGUCAGGAAAUCCAUGAGCACGGUGAUUAAGAUGCCUGAUGAAAGCUUUCGCAUGUAUAGCAAAGGGGCGUCAGAGAUUGUCCUGAAAAAAUGCUGUAAAAUCCUCAGUGCAGCAGGUGAGGCCCGAGUCUUCCGGCCCCGAGACCGAGAUGAGAUGGUAAAGAAGGUGAUUGAGCCCAUGGCCUGCGAUGGCCUCCGAACCAUCUGUGUAGCCUAUCGGGACUUCCCAAGUAGCCCAGAGCCUGACUGGGAAAAUGAGAAUGACAUUCUUAAUGACUUGACCUGUAUCUGUGUGGUGGGCAUUGAAGACCCUGUGAGGCCAGAGGUCCCAGAAGCCAUAAGGAAGUGCCAACGAGCAGGAAUCACCGUCCGAAUGGUCACUGGAGACAAUAUCAAUACUGCCCGGGCUAUUGCUAUCAAGUGUGGCAUCAUACAACCUGGGGAAGACUUCCUCUGCAUUGAGGGGAAGGAGUUCAACCGUCGAAUCAGGAAUGAGAAGGGAGAGAUCGAGCAGGAACGAAUAGACAAGAUCUGGCCCAAACUGCGGGUCCUUGCUCGCUCCUCCCCCACAGACAAACACACCCUGGUUAAAGGCAUCAUCGACAGUACCCACACGGAGCAGAGACAGGUCGUGGCUGUGACUGGGGAUGGGACCAAUGAUGGGCCAGCCCUGAAGAAGGCAGACGUUGGCUUUGCCAUGGGAAUCGCCGGUACUGAUGUUGCCAAGGAAGCUUCAGACAUCAUCCUGACAGAUGACAACUUCAGCAGCAUCGUCAAGGCGGUGAUGUGGGGCCGCAAUGUUUAUGACAGCAUCUCUAAGUUCCUGCAAUUCCAGCUCACGGUCAAUGUGGUAGCUGUCAUUGUGGCUUUCACGGGUGCUUGCAUCACACAGGACUCUCCCCUAAAAGCUGUACAGAUGUUGUGGGUGAAUCUUAUCAUGGACACCUUUGCCUCCCUGGCCCUGGCCACAGAGCCACCGACAGAAUCCCUUCUGCUGCGUAAGCCAUACGGCCGCAACAAGCCGCUCAUCUCCCGCACCAUGAUGAAGAAUAUCCUAGGCCAUGCAGUCUACCAGCUCACACUCAUCUUCACCCUUCUCUUUGUUGGUGAGAAAAUGUUCAUGAUUGACAGUGGACGCAAUGCCCCCCUCCACUCUCCUCCCUCUGAGCACUAUACCAUCAUCUUCAACACCUUUGUCAUGAUGCAGCUGUUCAAUGAAAUCAAUGCCCGGAAAAUCCAUGGGGAGCGGAAUGUGUUUGACGGCAUCUUCAGGAACCCCAUCUUCUGCACAAUUGUACUGGGCACCUUCGCCAUUCAGAUAGUCAUUGUGCAGUUCGGGGGGAAGCCAUUCAGCUGUUCUCCUCUCCAGCUUGACCAGUGGAUGUGGUGUAUAUUCAUUGGACUAGGAGAGCUUGUCUGGGGUCAGGUCAUUGCAACCAUCCCAACCAGCAGGCUCAAGUUCCUGAAGGAGGCAGGACGGCUCACUCAAAAAGAGGAGAUCCCUGAGGAAGAACUCAAUGAGGAUGUGGAGGAGAUUGAUCAUGCUGAGAGAGAACUCCGACGUGGACAGAUCCUGUGGUUCCGUGGCCUGAAUAGAAUUCAAACUCAGAUCCGCGUCGUGAAGGCAUUCCGUAGCUCUCUCUAUGAAGGUUUAGAAAAACCUGAAUCUAGAACCUCCAUCCAUAACUUCAUGACUCAUCCUGAAUUUAGGAUAGAAGACUCGCAGCCCCACAUCCCCCUCAUUGAUGACACCGACCUGGAAGAAGAUGCCGCUCUCAAGCAAAAUUCGAGCCCGCCAUCGUCAUUGAACAAGAACAACAGUGCAAUCGAUAGCGGGAUCAAUCUGACCACUGACACGAGCAAAUCAGCUACCUCUUCGAGCCCAGGGAGUCCUAUACACAGCCUGGAGACAUCGCUUUAGCGGGAAACAUUCACAUCUCAAACAAAACAAAACAAAACAAAACAAAACAAAAUAUACAAAACAAAAAAAUACAUAAAAAGCAAACAAAUAAUAAUAAUUUAAAAAAAACCCAUCGCCACCACCAACUCAGAACGAACCAACCCAGAAAACUCAACCAUGAAACAGCACCAAGAAAACAAAAAUAGACAAAAUGGGAGAGAAAUAUAUCUCCACCCAAUAGAACCUCUCUCUGGCUGAGAAGCUGUUUGAGCUCUUUGUCCCUUUGAGGCAAGUGACGGGAUCCCUGAUGUGGGUUCUUGGGAGUGAGCAAUUGCCUGGCGUGCCCUUUCUUGCUCCCGCCCAAACACAGACCAAACCCACCCACCACCUUCCUGCAUGGACGUACUGUACACUUCCGGUUCUUCUCUUGUUUAUUAUUAUUUUUUUUUCCUUAGGCAGGAACUGAAAAAAAAAAGACUCCUUUCUGAGGCUUAUUUAUCCAAUUCACUGGUCUGUGAGUUUUUUGAACUGCUUGUGUGGCAUGGUCUCAGUUGUAGAGAUUAAUUUAAAUAACUUUUUGAAGUUGCAGAAGCUUAACUUGCACAGUAAGGUUAUACCAAUGGGACAGAAGAACUUCAUAGACACUAAUGAGAUUAUAUCCAUUUCUUUGUAUCUAUAUCAACGUAUACCUUAUCGAGAAUGUAUACGUCCAUAUAGAUAGGUAGAUAUAUAUGUAUAUCUAUAUACAUGGAUAUAUAAAGUUUUUUUGCUGGCAUGUUGCCUUGUUUUUGCUUAAAUUGCUCUAUUUUAACUUAUUUAUGUCUUAAAAGAAGAAUGUAAUUUGUUUACAAACCUGUAGAUAAACGUCCUUCACUAUUUGUAGGGUUAAGAACACUUCCUGCUGAGAGGGUAUAAGGACUACUCAGCUCAUCAGAUACUCCUCUCAGAUUGCAUCCUCGAUGUUUUAUGACAGCUCGGCUCUAAUUUUUUUGCCUGCUCUUUUUUUUUUUUUUUUUGGUUCAGUAAUGUAGCUCCUGCUGGUGAAUGACAAAAAGAAGCCAAAAUAUAACAUAUUGGAUGUAGGAAUGUUGCUCCAUAGACAUGGGGUCAUGGGACUGGAAGCUUGACUCUGUUGGGGGAAAAACAACAACAACAACACCAUGUGCAACAAUCAGGUUUAUUUUUUUGUACAAAAUAAAUAAUAAAUAAAUAACUAAAUUGCUCAGCACGGUUUCAGUAUGCCCCUCACUGGCCAGAGGCCACCUCAGUAGCCAUUAUAUUAGGAUGGCUUCUGAGGAAUAUUUUUUUUGAAUACCCUCCUUUUUAUGAAACUCCCUUGAGUUUAUUGAGAGCAUUUAAAAAUAAGUUAUAUUUGGCUUUAUAUGGAGAUCAAGGUAGUGUUGAAAUAUUGUGAAACUCUAUUGCGUUGAUUUUUUUUUCCAGUUAGUCACUUAGAAAUUGAUUUUCUUAUCAUUCGCAGCUUAUGAGCUGUUGGCAUUUUGAAUGAGAAUCACUACAGCUUGCUGCUUUUCUUUCUUUCUCUCUCUUUUUUUUUUAAUUUUGGAAGAAAGCUAUCCGUUCCCCACCACCCUGCACUAUUCAGAUUUGAAUGAACUUUAUGAUAUGUAUAUUGAAAAAUGUGCUCUGUGUGAUUUUUAAACAAAGCUUGUCUUCCUGUAAUCACAACAUAUACUGUAGCCAUUUAACAGUGUGUCCUGCCUUCCUAAAAGGGAAGCCUUUCUGAAAGCCUACAGUAUCACAGGUGAGAAGAGUUUUUUGUAGUUCUUUCCUUUUUUCCCCAGGAUGGUUAUCAGCACUAAUAAUCAGCUUACUCGGAGCUUCUUGAAUUGCUACGCCAGCCACUUGAAUGCUAAGCACUUUGUGGGCCACGGCUCUUUUUCAUAAAGAACUUUUGUAUUUAAUACAGAGUUUGCUUUGAGACUUUUCAGCGCACAGUCUUUUUUCCAUAAACUUGUACAGUGCAAAAGACAUUUUCAAUACAUAACAUGGUCGGUGAUGUCAGAUGUGUCGGGGAAAAGCAAAGCACUUUCCGACUCACCUGCGAAAUUAAUUUGUCCUGCAGGCCCCACCCACCCCACCAUCUGUCAGGCCCCACCUCUGAGCCUAGAACUUGGCAAACAGAUGAAAUCUUCUCUGCAUCCUGGCCAAGAAAGGAGCAUUCUCUUGUGCAGAUGGCCAAGAAUAGGUAGAGCCUUUCCCUGCUGGGGUGGCUAAUCUCCAAACACUGCUGGCGGAACAAUAAUGUAUCCCAUCCACAGUCAGCUCCCCAGUCUGGUCUAAACCUUCCCGUACAAGGGGCCGGUGCAUAGGACAGCAGGGCCAACAAACCCUCUCCUUUUGAAGUGAGAACAGGGCUCCCAUGUCAAUUGUAAAACAGACUGGCAAUGAGAACAUUGCUGAAUGUUUCAGAAUGGCAAUUUAGUCAGGGUUCCAUUUCCACAUCGCAAAUGUGGACUAUAAUGGUAGUUUUCAUGUAUUGGAUUUGGAGUGGAAGGGGGAGAUGUUCUCCGUUCUACUUAUGAGGAAGGGCACAGCUGUGAAAUGGGUCUGUUCUGGAACAUGAUUUAGUUUCUCUGUCUUAACUGCAGUAAGUUAUUUUCCUUUUCUAAAGCUUUCUCAACCACUUCCUCUUUCCUUCAGUGACACUCACAUUCACUGGGGAAGAGCAUUAAACCAGUAGGGAACCAUUUUGCAGACUUGGAUCAGCCUUUCACAUGUGGCACUAUUUUCUCCACUCCAGUGGCCUCCUGUAAAUUGAGAUGCCUAUACUACACUGGGCUUCUCUCCAAGAGGAAUCAGAAAUCUGGGUGGGAUUGAGGGACUGGUAGAGGGGCAGGCCCUGAGAAGAGGAGGGGCGAGAGUCCAUGAGAAAGUUUGUCAAAUAAUAUCCAAUUUCGUAAAUACCUAAAGUUCAGUCUCGCAUCCUGGUCUCCUUUCCCACUUGGCCUUCUCUUGUUGGGAACAAUGGCUCCAAACAAAUGGCUCAUGGAGAUCAUGAUUGGUUGGUUGAAGCUCACCACAGUCCAUAUACCACCUGCAUCCUGCCCUCUGUCCCUGGUCGCAUGGAGUUUGUGCUCAACAAUAAACACUACCCUGGUACAUUUGGCCAUCCAUCCCAUUAGGGGGUAAUAAUUUAUGUCUAUUCAUCUGUUUUUAUGAAUUUUUUUAUCUAGACAACAAUUGUAAAUAAAGAACUCACCGUCUCUGUUCAUUUACUACUAUGCAAUGGCUAUGUUUUCUCUUACUCUGGUUCAUCAGACUCCUACAGUGUGGUCCUGGAAUGUUUGUGGUUUCAAAAAAACAAAACCAACAAAAGUAAGCUCUGUGAUGUACAUGCUUUACUAGUUUGGAACAGAAUGAUCCAACUGGACUCUAGCUUCUUCCCUUUCCCUUCCCCUCCCCACACUACUUAACUUUCCACACAGGUGCCCUAGGUCAAAAUAGCAAUCAGCAAACUGGUAAAAUCAACUCCCACAGCAGCAUGAACAGCCAUGGUCUAAGCUUGGCAUUUUCUUUUCUGUAUUGCGCCAUUCCCCCCAUCCCCAUAUACAUUAUACUCUGCUCCCCACAGAACAUAGAUCACAGACCCCAAGCUGUUAUCCUGUACGAGGGUCACAUGGAUACCUGAGAGAUGUGGCUGGUGCUAACUGGGGGAAGCCCACGGGAUUCAUGGCUCCAAGCCUCAUCCACCCUUCUUCCCAAAAGAGCUACCUUGAGGCGGCCAUAUUUCAGUCACCAUGCAGCAAGAAGGGAGUGACAUAGACCCUAGUGACAUUGUCUCCCCAUCUAUAUUCAUGUAGUCUUCUCCAGCACAGCACUGAGCUCUGUGGCCGAAUGAUCCAGGCUCCUGGGUGACGGGAUGUCAGGAAGCUGAGAAAUACAUGAAGGCUAAGGAAUAGAGAAGAGUGAUUUUGUUUGACUAUUGGUAGCACCCUUGCUAUGCUCCCAACAGAACUGGCCUCAACCUUUCCCUAUGGGCUGGGGAAGUUAAGUUGGUACAGCUGAUGGGAGAUUGCUCCACUGUGGAUGAGGAAGGGCUCUCCUGCCUCUUGAAUGGAAGCUCUGAUGUCCCCUUGGAGCAACCCUCCCUUCCCCUUUAUCUACCCCCCCCUCCCUCACCUGAGAGAUAUGGGUGCCUGAGUAUGCCUCCCUAUCCCCAACCUCCGGGUGCUGCAUUUUAACAGUGCACAUCCCAGGGAGGGUUGGGAACUUCUCCCUAAGGAAGGCUAUAGUUUGGCUAACACCCUGUGACCCUGGAUCCACUUUCCUGUAAUAGGUGAGCAAGAAAUGAGACCGAGAGAUGGUGGUAUGAGAGUGAAAAACCAAUUGAAUCCUGCAGCCAAUGACCUUGCCAUCUGUUUCUCCCUGAGGUUAAUGGGAAGAAACCUUGGCUCAUGCAGGAAAUGUCUGCUUGGCAAAAAGCUUCAUCCUGGCAGCCCCUAUCAACCUUCCUUCUCCCCCAAAUAACAAUAAACAUAAUAAGGAUUUAGGCCUUCUGUGUGUGUGUGUGUGUGUGUGUGUGUGUGUGUGUGUGUGUGUGUGUGUGUGUGUGUGCGCGCGUGCGCGAGUGCUUACCCUUUGUGCACAUUUGCAUACCCCUUUCAGAUAUUCCCAGAUUAUUUUGAGAGGUCUAAAAGCUGCUAACUUCCUGACCAGGCCCAUCAGCCUCCCCAAACCCCAGAGGGUCUGCAGUCUGGCAUGUUUUCAGGCCUACCGUAUUCUUCCUGCCCCCACCAUAUCCUUGCCAAGGGCCUGUCUAAGGAACUGACUUGGCUUCAUUAAGGACCAGAGGACAUUGGUAGGCCAUGGACCCUUCCACCAUCCAGAAACCAAGCUGCUCUCAUUUUUAUUUCCAAACACCAACUCACAAAGCCAAGAGUCACAGUCACUUAAGCCCAUCUUCCAACUCUUCCUGGGUCCAGGCCUCUCAGUAUAAGGGGACACUCGGGGCCCCUUCCUGGCUCCUUGAGGGACAGUGACUGAUCCCCAAGCUAGGGCCAGGCUGACGCGAGCGCCUGAGAAUUUAAUGUCUGUUGUCUACCCCAAUGCCAUGGAAAUAUCGUCUUCGCUACAGUUUCUGUAGUUUUGUAAUUAAGUGGCUCUCUCUCUUUGACCUUUUGCUGGUCGCCACACUUUCAUAAAUAUUGUAUGUAUAUUUUUUAUAAUCAAUAGUGUAAAGUUCUCUAUACAGAUUCCAAUGAUCACAGACCAGUUUCAAAGAGCUGUUGAUGCUUCGUGGGAAACUUUGGAAAACAUUUGGUUUUGGAAAAAAAAAUGUGCUUACACUGUAAUAUCUUUUAUUUUUCUGUAUCUUCCUGCCUUGCUCUUUGUAAUAGUGUGUUCGUCCGCCUUUUCAACUCUAUCCGAAGCAAUAAUAAUAAAUGCACAAGUGGAAACGCAGA